AUGUGCCGGAAGCAGGUUGCCGCUCUCAUUCUGUCACUGGUGUUGGCAUCCUUGACUGGAUAUUCUUCAGAGGCCCUCAGUACUUUCGGGGUAUCAAACACGAAGCCGCCACCGACCGCCGCACCCACACCACCACCUGCUCGACAAUGUAACCGUCAACCAGAAUGCGCCGGCAUCAGCGGCAGUUCAUGCGUACGGACCCAAAGCGAUCCUGUGACGAGAUGUCUCUGUGGAGAGAACCAGCCUCCAGUGAACGGACAGUGCGAUGCUCAGCACAAAUUUCUCUACCACGCCUGUUCGAACAGCGAUGAAUGCAACGUCGAUCUCGUUUGCGCUACCCCCAACAUCACUGGUACUGCUCCUCUGCAUCUGCGGGUCUACGCUCCGACCGACAAGAUUUGUCUCUGUGACACUGAGAAUGGAUAUGUGGAGAAGGAUCAUGCUUGCAGUGAUGCUGAUAUCCUGAAAACUUCGCUGUUCGCCAUCUUUGUCGUAUCUUGCAUAAGAAAAAUCCUAGCUUAUUAA